CUCUCUUAACAAAAUGUAACGACCAAACUUCGUUGUCCAACAACAUGUUAUUUUCAUUUAGAAAAAAAAUUGAAUUAAAAAAAACACUUAUAUUAUUUUUGUUAAAAAUUCAUAAAAUAUAAAUUAGUUUAAAUUGAUAAAAAGAAGUAUUAAUAUCACUUUCUUCCUUAUGUAUAUUCUCAUUUUAAUAUCUAAGCCAAAACCUCCGUUAAACCGCCGCAGCGCCACCUCUACCACCGCAGUCUGUACAAUGAGCCCAAAGGACGCAACAUUGUGGAAGGCGCAGCAAACUCUCAUGACUCUCUUCAACCGGUGUUCCACCAUGAACCACUUGAAGGAGAUUCAUGCUCGUAUAUACCAGACCGGGUUCCACCAGAACCACCUCGUCGUCGGAAAGAUCAUCGUCUUCUGCGCAGUAUCUGUUCCGGCGGGGGACAUGAACUACGCAGUCUCUGUCUUCGACAGGGUUGAUAAACCAGACGCAUUUCUCUGGAACACCAUGAUCAGGGGCUUUGGUAACACGAAUCAACCUGAAAAGGCCGUUUUAUUCUACAAGAGAAUGCAGCAGGGUGAACCUCAUGUGGUUCCAGACACCUUCACUUUCUCAUUCUUGCUCAAAAUUGUUGGUGGGUUGGGAUCAGUUGUGUUGGGGAAGCAGCUUCAUUGUAGCACCUUGAAGCUUGGGGUUGAAAAUCAUGCCCAUGUUAGGAAUUCUCUGAUUCAUAUGUAUGGGGUGAUGAAGGAUAUAGAAACUGCACACCAACUGUUUGAGGAAAUGUUGAACAAGGAUUUAGUCGCGUGGAACUCUAUCAUAGAUUGCCUUGUGUGUUGUGGGAAGUAUAAUGAAGCUCUUGAUUUUUUCACCAGGAUGGUGCAGAGUGGGAUGAGACCUGAUGAUGCCACUUUUGUGGUGACCCUCUCAGCUUGUGGUGCAAUGGGGGCACUUGCUUUUGGGAGGUGGGUUCAUUCCUGCAUACAAAGAGCAACUUAUCUUGGUGAGAUUACAUCAGUUUCGAAUUCCCUUGUUGACAUGUAUGCAAAGUGUGGAGCAGUGGAAGAAGCCUAUGAGAUAUUUCGCAGCAUGAAAGGGAAGAAUGUGAUUUCGUGGAACACCAUGAUUCUUGGGCUUGCUUCCCAUGGUAAUGGGACAGAGGCAUUAACACUUUUCGCGGAAAUGUUACAAGAGAAUGUUGUGAGGCCGGAUGGUAUUACAUUCUUGGGAGUGUUGUGUGCUUGUAGCCAUGGAGGAUUCGUCGAUGAAGGAAGACGGUACUUUGAUAUUAUGAGCAGAGACUAUAAUGUUCAACCCACAGUAAAGCAUUAUGGGUGCAUGGUGGACCUUUUGGGUCGUGCUGGUUUAGUUGAGGAAGCAUACAUAUUGAUAAAGAAUAUGCCAAUGGAGUGCAAUGCGAUUGUAUGGAGGUCACUGUUAGCUGCAUGUCGAACUCAUGGAAAUGUUAAACUUGCUGAGAAGGUGAGAAAACAUCUAUUGGAAUUGGAACCGUGCCAUAGCAGUGAUUAUGUUCUUCUUGCAAACAUGUAUGCAAGUACUGGGCAAUGGAAUGAAAUGAGCAAAGAGAGAAGGUCAAUGCAAGAACGGGGAGUUAAAAAACCAGAGCCUGGUAACAGCUUCGUCGGCUUACCUGGAAUAAGGUUGGAGAACGAAACCGCUGAAAGAUUGUCGUAACACUGCACAAAAAGUUUCCUUAAAGGUUUCAACUGACUUAGACGGUGAAGCUUUAGAAGAUCUUGUCAUAAUGUAUCAAGUUCCUGAUGUAAACUGUUAACCAACAUAAAUAGCUCAAUAGAAAAUG